UUUCACACUUGCCUUCUUUUUCCAUAUUUCGUCGAUCAGUUCAAUCAAAAAAGAAAACACUAAUCUCGUUUUGUUUACAUGGAAAUCGGGUCUUUCGCAUUGCUUUCUCCACAAGAUUUCUCCUUUAAUUUCAACAGCAGCAGCAAUUUCCCGUGGAUUCCGGAUAUGGAAAAUGGGUUCAACGGGAACGAUAAGAAGAGGGGUAGAAAAGAGUUCGAGGAAUCUUUAGUCAACGAAAAGAGAGGGUUUGGUGAUAUACUUUCCUCGAUUUUGAUGUUGGACGAGGAACCAAAGCAAGAGCAUCAAUGGUUCACCGAUUCCGAUCAACAAACAGCUUUCUUCGAACCCAGUUACAACGAGAAAGUUCAAGAAAUGAAUAUGUUCUUUGAUCAGUUUGAGAACCAAUACUCCGAAAUGAACCAGCUGGAUGAUUCCAGAAACAAACGCGAGCGUAAUUCGGGUUUAGCUGCUGCUACGGCGACGGCGAACACGGUUUCUUUCGGGUCGGACGAUGUAAGUCCGUCGCAAUCGGGUAGAGGAUCCGGCCAACAAAGGCGGUUAUGGGUGAAAGACAGAUCGAAGGACUGGUGGGACAAGUGUAACCACCCGGAUUUCCCCGACAAGGAGUUUAAACGCGCGUUUCGUAUGAGCAAAGCUACAUUCAACAUGGUCUGCGAGGAACUCGAACCGGCGGUGAUGAAGAAGAACACGAUGCUCCGAGAUGCGAUCCCGGUCCGUCAGCGCGUGGCGAUAUGUAUUUUGAGGCUAGCCACGGGUGAAUCGCUCAGGAUGGUAUCGAAACGGUUCGGGUUGGGGAUCUCCACUUGUCAUAAGCAGAUCUUGGAGGUUUGCACCGCCGUUAAAACCGUCCUGAUGGCCAAAUUCGUUCAAUGGCCCGACGAAAACAAAACGAAGAGAAUCAAACAAGGAUUUGAAUCCGCCGCCGGGAUCCCAAACGUGGGCGGUUCAAUGUACACGACUCACAUUCCCAUAAUCGCACCGAAUGUAAGCGUCGCAGCGUAUUUCAAUAAAAAACACACGGACAGGAACCAAAAAACUUCGUAUUCAAUCACUCUCCAAGACGUCGUCGAUCAAACCGGAGCUUUCACCGACGUAUGCAUCGGCUGGCCCGGCUCGAUGACCGAUGACCAAAUUCUAGAGAAAUCAGCGUUCCACCAAAGAGCAACAAGGGGGCAUUUGAAAGACAUAUGGUUCGUGGGGAACAAAGGGUACCCAUUAAUGGACUGGGUUUUGGUUCCCUACAGUCACCGAAAUCUCACUUGGGCUCAACACGGUUUCAACGAGAAGAUCGGGGAAAUCGAGAAGGUGGCCAAGGAUGCAGUCGCGAGGCUGAAAGGACGGUGGUCGUGUUUACAAAAGAGAACCGAGGUGAAGCUCCAAGACCUGCUGAAUGUGCUCGGUGCUUGCUGUUUUUUGCAUAAUAUCUGUGAGAUGAGAAACGAGACGAUGGAUCCCGAGUUUGAAUUCGAGCUUUUCGACGACGAGGUGGUGCCGGAAAAUAACAUAAGGUCCAUGGCUGCCGCACAAGCUAGGGAUCACAUCGCUCACAAUUUGUUGCACCAUGGUGGCCGUACCACGUCCACUUGUUUUCUAUAGCGGUCUGUUACAUCAUCGUUAAUUAGUGUUGUUGAUAUAGGUAUCAUUGCUUGUAAUUCUUUUGGGGGGUGUGGCAAUAAAGAUUAUU